GUUGACUGUGGCUCUCAGCUGUUUCUCUGACUGUGAUCCGGUGAAAGUCAGUGUGACCUGAGCAGAGUCACAGCUGAUACAGUGUUAUUCAGCUCUGAUGUCACUGUUCCUACACCAAGGUCAAACACUUUUUAACUUUUGAGGCUCUUGGGGCUCUUGUUUUUUUUCUGUUGUUUUCGCUCGGGCGCCUCUGGAGUUUUACAGAAAGUGACGAACACUUGCUGGGUUCUUUCUUUUUUCUUUUCUUUAUGUGUGUCAUCUUGCUGACCAGACCAGACAUUGUGGACUUGUAGAAGGACAAAGGACGCUCAUAUCUCUGCUGGAAGCAGCUGGAGGUUUUUUCUUUUUACGCCUGAAAGGAAAUCACUGAAGCGCCAUGAGGCUCAAAUCUGAAUGGAUUAUUAUCUCCUUGUGAUUGUCUGAACACGCCUGCACCAGUGUAAUCUGCUGUUACUCCUAUCUUUUAUUUUUAUUGAUGUGCAAACUCCAGUAAUGAUCAGAUAAGACGGAAGUUGUUUGGACAGAGAGAAAAUCCCGGCACUUCUUUUUGUCUCCACGUCUGAGGAGCACGGGCUGCACAUGAUGAAGACUAUGGCGUCUCAGCAACCAUGGACACACAACAUCAUCAUCAUCAUCAUCACCACAUUGUUGUCCUGCUCUCUGGUUGUGUGCAGCACAGUGACAGAGGAGGAGGAAACCUUCAGUGCUGAGGCUUGGCUCCGUAGGUUUGGCUACCUGUCUCAGGCGAGCAGGCAGAUGUCCACCAUGCAGUCGGCUCACAUCCUGUCCAACGCCAUCAGUGACAUGCAGCGCGUCUACGGGCUGGAGGUGACUGGACACAUGGACCCCGCCACUGUCGCAGCCAUGCGUCGGCCACGCUGUGGUCUCCCCGACAGAAAACCAGAGGAGCCUGGUGAAGGUGCAAGAAGGAAACGCUACACACUCACUGGGCAGCAGUGGGACAAAGACCACAUCACCUACAGUAUCAUGAACCAGAUCGUCCCCUCAUCGCUGGGAGAGGAGCACAUGAACAGAGCAAUCCGUAAGGCCUUUGAUGUGUGGGGACGGGUCACCCCGCUCACCUUUGAGGAGCGGCCUGUGGAAAACAACAUGCACUCCAACAGCAGCCAAACGGAGCUCGCCGACAUCCUGCUGUUGUUUGCCUCUGGCUUCCAUGGUGAUAUGUCCUUGUUUGAUGGCGAGGGGGGGUCAUUGGCUCACGCCUACUAUCCAGGACCGGGAAUUGGUGGCGAUACACAUUUUGAUGCUGAUGAACCCUGGACGCUUGACAACCAUAAUCCUGAAGGUAUAGAUCUGUUCCUGGUUGCCGUCCAUGAGCUUGGUCAUGCUCUGGGUCUGGAGCACUCGGAUAACCCCAGUGCAGUAAUGGCUCCUUUUUACCAGUGGGUCGACACAAACAACUUUACACUGCACAAGGAUGACGUCAAAGGAAUACAGUACAUAUAUGGUCCUCCUCUCGGCGCCGACGCUCCACCCACUACUCCUCACACUCCUGAUGACUCUCCCACCUCUUCUUCACCUCGUGAAGAUGACAUUACUUACGCUUCCCCCACGGACCCCAAACCUGAGGCACCUAACCCAACACCGGCCCGUCCAGAGCUGACCCCCAACCCUACCACAACUUUGGCUCCCCCCACUUCCACUACAACUGUCUCAGUGCGUGAGCCCGAACCUGUCACCCCGCGGGUUAGAAAAGACAUCCCUCCUGCUCCACCUCCUCAUCCUCCUCGGCCCCCUCAUCCUCCUCCUCCUCCACGUCCUCCCAAAGUGCCGGACAACCAGGCCCCUGACAUCUGUGAUGGGGACUUUGACACGGUGACCAUGCUGAGAGGGGAGAUGUUUGUUUUCAAGGGUCGUUGGUUCUGGCGCGUCCGCAGAAACCGAGUUUUGGACAACUACCCAAUGCCCAUAUCUGUCUUCUGGAACGGUCUGCCAAACGACAUCGACGCUGCCUAUGAACGCCACGACGGCAAAUUUGUCUUCUUUAAAGAUGAUAAAUACUGGGUGUUCAGGGAGGCUGAUGUGCUGCCAGGAUACCCACAGCCCAUAUAUGAGUACGGACGAGGAGUUCCUUCACAAGGGAUUGACACGGCCAUCUGGUGGGAGCCCAAUGGACACACGUACUUCUUUUCAGGAGACAGGUACUGGCGAUUCAACGAGGAGACCCGCAUUACAGACGGUGACUUCCCCAAACCAAUCAGCAGAUGGGGCAGGAUCCCUCCCUCGCCCAAAGGAGCCUUCCUCAGUGAUGAUGGAGCUUACACAUAUUUCUACAAAGGCAGUAACUACUGGAGGUUUGACAACCACAGGUCAGAGGCAGACAAAGGCUUCCCUCGCUCCAUCCUGAAGGACUUCAUGGGCUGCAGAGGAGCUCCAGACCCUCAGCCCGACGCUGACACCGAGCAGGAGCCAAAGGAAAAACCGGUGAACCCGUCAGAUCGAGACGAAGACAAGCACAGGGAACCAGACAAAGGCAAAGACCCAGUGGAGGACCCAACCUCUAAACCUGACGACACAGACGAAGAGGAGGACGAAGAGGUGAACGUGAUCGUCACAAUGGCCGACAAUGAGUCAAAAGUCAUGACCCUGGUCAUGGUGACUGUCCCUCUGGUGCUCAUCUUAUGCAUCCUCGUCCUCAUCUACGCCAUCCUCAGGACUCUGCAGAACAAGGAGCCGCCGAGGGCCUUGGUGCACUGCAAGCGUUCGAUGCAGGAAUGGGUGUGACGCGCACAAACGGAAGCGGCAGAACGGGUAUCGAUCGUGUGUCUGGUGCAGAGGUCGGCAUCGAAUUUUUACUUGGAAAAGAAGCUUCGACACGGUUCUUAAAGUCUGAGAAAGCUGAGGAUGAGUCUCGGUCAACUUGUGCCGCUCAUGUGAAAUUGUGGUAAAUUUAGUGCCUGUGGAGCUGCAGCGUAUAUUUCCUUCUAAUGGCCGUGAAUGUUUGUUCUUGUGCCUUUUUGUAUUUUGUGCCUUCCAGAUGCGUGAAAACAUUAAUCUUAAAAGUCAUGCCUUAAAAAAAAAAAAAAAUCACACUCAAGGAAUCACGGUUAGGGUUAACCCUAAAACCAUGACCCACUAAUCGUACAAAGGAGGAACAUGUAUUCAGUCGAAAUGAUGUAGAAAAAGUUGAUAAUGCACAUACAUUAACCAGAAACACACACACACACGCACACACACUGUACAUACAAACAAACAUGAGUGCUUACAGCUUUUUAAAAAAAAAAUAUGCGUCUUUCCUUUCAUACGUUUGACUUUGGUGCUUUAACCAGUUCUGACAUUAUUUUUCUGUCUAGAAGAGAUAUUUUUUGCACUUUUGAUCCUGUUUUUAUUUUGCUGAGUUUGCUUCACUGCAGAUGUGCGUGUGUGUGUGUGCGUGCGUGUUGGUACAAAGCAGAUCUUGCUUUGUUUAUUAAACACACACACACACACACACAAGCAGGACAAGCUAGUACUCUAACCAGCACAGGAAUGUCUGACAGCUGUGUGAGUCCAUGACUGCCCGUCUCCCACUGAGCCCAUUAUAUCUGCCCACACACACACACACACACACACACACACACACGUUUGUGCAGAUAUUCUUCUUAGGACACUGCAGUGAGCAUUAUCUCUAACCUUAACCAUAAGUUAAUGCCUAACCCUAACCUUAACUGAACCACAAUUCAAAUGUUUUCCCUAAACUUAACCAGAGUUCCUUAGAAAUGAUAUUCUGCCUCAUUAGGAACAGGUUUUUGGUCUCCAUGAGGACUACUGCUGGUCGUGGCAAGGGUUAGCGUUUAUGUUAGUAAAGAGGUAACAAUUAGUACACACACACACACACACAUUCUUGUACAGCAUUCUUCCGAGUGUGGAUACUCCCUAGCCCCUCACCCUAACCAUCACAGCGAAAUGUCGAACCCCUCAUUUUCUAACUCUUAACCUCUUAACCUUUGAAAAAGCCCUUUAAAGUUGAGAGGACCAGCAAAAAAUGUUCUCACAAAGAUUAGAUUGAAUCCUAACAGCCUAAUAUUAACAUGUGCUCUCACACACACACACACACACACACAUGCAGCUGUUCUUGUUAGGACUCUGCAUGUGUCAUUCCAUUCACUUGAACAAAGACCUGAACAAAGCCUUUUACACUCACCUUAACUUUAAACCUUACCUUAAUUUCCUCAGAGAGAUACUAGUCAGUGUUUGUAACAGACAAGGUCUAAGGUGAAAGAUGUAUUUAAUGCUUUCCCCAACCUAAACCCAAAUCUAACUUUAAAACCAGGUCUAAACCCCAGAAAAAAACCCUUUUACAGAUGUUGAGGACCAGCCAACAUGUCCUCACGUUCCUAAAAUGUCCUCACUCCCCUAUGGUUUAUAGAAAUUUAUACGACACACGCAAGGAACUUUACUCGUUAUGCAUGCAUGUCUACACACACACACACACACACACACACACACACACACACACACACACACACACACACACACACACACACACACACACACACACACACACACACACUUUGCCAGACAAAGGCACAUAGAGUUUUUGCGCACAGACACACGGGCUCCGGCCUCUCCUCCUCCUCCUCCUCCUCCUCCUCCUCCACCACAGCCACAAUGACUGUUCAGACUGCACCAUUAAAAAAGCACAAUCCCACCGGAGACAUAUUGAUAUACGACCAGUGCUGAGGCUGGGGUGAAAUACAAGAGGAGGGCAAUUUAAUCAUGUAUACAAGCAGAAGUGAAAAAGUAUUUGUGGUCCAUAGUCUGUCCAUCUCAACCUGUGAAGAGUGAAAACACAUCAGCAGUGUUGUCUCUUAUUUUUGUCUGAUUCUUUAUUUUCACACUAAAGCUAAAAGGAGUCAAAGCCGGAUAAGUGUACGAGGGAGAAGCCUACAGAUGAGAGAAGAAUGGGUCAGGGUCUGGUUUCCAUUAAACCCACAUGUUGCUGAUUUAGUAGUGUCAGGCGCAUGAGGGGAGGAGGAGGAGGGAGCCGAGUUGGGAAAAAUGCACACAAAAAAGGAGGAGGAGGGUUUAUAAAAAUGGUAGUGCAGAGUUUUGGAGUUUUUGGAGAAAAUAAGAAAGAAGGAGAUGAGGUGGUAAAGGAAGGGACUGGGGGAGGCAUAGAUGAAGGAAGGGAGAGAGAAAGGGAGGGGAGGGCUCUGCCUGCAUUUCCUUUCUGAGGGAAGAGGGGAGGUUGGAAUGAUUUUGGGGAGGGGCAGCGCUGGCGUUGCACCUACUGACCUAGAUUGGGCCACAGAGUCCACUCCUCCUUUUCAAGCCUUCUUGUUUUUGCUUCUCUGCUUGAAUCCCCCAUGACACCGUCCUCCUCCUCCUCCUCCUCCUAACUUUAUCUAUUUCCUCUCUCCCCCCCCACCCUCC